GUGCUUAAUUAAUUAAGCAGAGAGACAACAUUAACCAUUACUUUUAUACAAAUAAAUAUAUUAAGCCUGGUACAUGUUGUUUAUAUAUGCUUUUGGCUAUAUUAAAUUAAGAUUUCAACGUUCAACACAUGAGGCAACAAAGUCGCCGUCCUCUCGUGUCGAUGCUUCGACGGAAAAAGAGUCUUAAGCUGAGGAAAAGAACACAGGACUCCUGUAGAGCUCGCAGGUGUGCGGUCCCUUCACACUAUACGUAACGUCAAAGAGAGGAGAACCACCUGAACACCGAAAACAUACUCGAGUAUUUAUGUUGACCUCCACCCAUUUGACCUCUCUACGACCGGAAAGCACCGACACGUCACAACGUUCCUCCGUCGGCCGUUGCCGAUCAGUGGCCAUCAGUGAUCAAAGCAGCAAAAUACAGUAUAUUUUAUAUAUCCUGUGACGGCCAGAUUCCCGUGUGAAAAAAAAAAGAGAAAACCGCCACUGAAAUUGAAGGAUUUACGCUUGUUUACUGCUAGUGAGACUUGCAGUCCAAGGAUGCGUGUUAUACAAACAAGUACUACAUUAUCGAAAUAAAUACGAUGUACAUCGUUCACAUCUCUGGAAGAGGCGACAGUGACAUUCCAGCAACAUUCUCGUCGGAACGGGCCUCAUUUGUUUCGCUUUUAUUGUUUCAUACGUUUUGUUAAAACACCAAAAUAGUCAGAAUUAUUAUUCUGAUUUUCUAACAGUCAUUUAAACCUCUUGUACAUAAUUAUUUUUAUACACGUUUUGUGGAUGCUGAAAUUCUGUUCUCUGAUUGGAAGCGGCUGAUAUGGCAACUGGACACCUGUGCUGUAUCGACGUCAUGGCGUCCAGCGCGUCAACCCAGAGACGGGAUAUGAUUUUCAUUCUAACCCUGCAAGUCAUUUUCAUUGUCGCUUUCUUCGCGUGUAGCCGGUACGACCCUGAAUUGAGUGCCACUCUGCCUUCUGGAAACACACCAGCUCUGGAUCAUUAUUAUCCACUAUUCCAGGAUGUUCAUGUUAUGGUGUUCAUUGGAUUUGGUUUCCUGAUGACAUUCCUGAAGAGGUAUGGCUUCAGUGCCAUUGGAUUCAACUUACUGAUUGCUGCACUGAAUGUUCAGUGGUCUAUUCUCUGCAGUGGAUUCUUUCAUCAUGGGGCUGAAGGUCACCACAUUGACAUCAGUAUCACCAGUCUCUUAUCUGCUGACUUGGCAACAGCGGCAUUGCUGAUUUCAUUUGGUGCUGUUCUGGGAAAAACAACACCUCUUCAAUUAGUAAUAAUGGGCCUCAUAGAAACAGCUAUUUUCAGUGGAAAUGAACAUUUGGGUCUAAAUGUAUUCAAAGCUAAGGACUCUGGAGGUUCUAUCUUUGUCCAUGUAUUUGGUGCAUAUUUUGGCCUUGCAGUAAGUUUUGCCCUGGGACAUGGCAAGAUUAUCAGUCAAGGACCAGGAUUACAAAAAGAAGGCUCUUCCUACAAUUCUGAUAUCUUUGCCAUGAUAGGUACUGUGUUUCUCUGGUUAUUCUGGCCAAGUUUUAACUCUGCACUGGUGGAUGGUGAUGACCAGCAUCGGGCUGUAAUUAACACUUAUCUCUCCUUAACUGCUUGCUGCGUCACAGCAUUUGCCAUCUCAUCUAUGGUCAGCGAGGAGAAGAAGUUUGACAUG